AUGACGCUCACAACGGCCUUGAAUUGCUUUUAUCGCCGCGACCUCUUCCGACAGGCUCGCAAAGCGAUAGCCAACCGAUCACAAAAGAUGCGUGAUAACAAAGCUCCCAAGACAGCAGACGCCGUGUCUACCCCCAAGUCGGCAACCUCAACCAACCAGAACAGCAAUACUGAAGAAGACAACAUCGACCCAUGGACGCUUGACAUCAGCGUUGACAGUGGUCUAGUUAGGGUGGGGAAACUUGGUCCAUGGGUCAUGGGACCUUGGUAA